GCACUUUCCCUGCACACAGUGCCGUGGAUAUAGAGAGUGCGCGUGCUCCCCGUGUAUGUGUUUGCGUGUGCGCUGUGGGCCCCCGGCUGUGCCACACUGAGCCAUGUCUAUGCUGCCUUCCUUUGGCUUCACUCAGGAGCAAGUGGCCUGUGUGUGCGAGGUGCUGCAGCAGGGAGGCAACUUGGAGAGACUGGGCAGAUUCCUAUGGUCCUUGCCAGCCUGCGAUCACCUCCACAAGAAUGAGAGCGUCCUAAAGGCAAAGGCCGUGGUGGCAUUUCACAGGGGCAACUUCAGAGAACUGUACAAGAUCCUGGAGAGCCACCAGUUCUCCCCGCACAACCACCCCAAACUGCAGCAACUCUGGCUCAAGGCUCAUUAUGUGGAGGCAGAGAAACUGAGGGGGAGACCACUGGGGGCAGUGGGCAAGUACAGGGUCAGGAGGAAAUUCCCGCUGCCCAGGACCAUCUGGGAUGGAGAAGAGACCAGUUACUGCUUUAAGGAGAAGUCCCGAGGGGUGCUGAGAGAAUGGUAUGCCCAUAACCCCUACCCGUCUCCCAGGGAGAAGCGGGAGUUGGCUGAGGCCACUGGACUAACCACCACCCAGGUCAGCAAUUGGUUCAAGAACAGGAGGCAAAGGGACAGAGCGGCGGAGGCGAAAGAGAGGGAAAAUACAGAAAACAAUAACACAUCUACCAACAAACAGAAUCAACUGUCACCCCUAGACGGAGGGAAGUCGCUAAUGUCCAGUUCAGAAGAGGAAUUCUCGCCCCCACAAAGCCCUGAUCAGAACUCGGUGCUCCUGUUGCAGGGCAGCCUCACCCACCCCGGGGCCACCUCUUACUCCCUGAGCGCACUUAGCGCAUCGCAGGGCAGUCACGGCUUACAGGGGCACCAGCACCAGCUGCAGGACUCUCUGCUCGGGCCCCUCACCUCCAGCCUGGUGGAUCUGGGAUCGUAAGAGCGACCGGAACCAGCCAUGGACUGCACUCUUAUUGUACAUAGCAAGGCACUCAUCUCAUCAUGGUACUUAAUGUGGAAACAAACUGGGACUUUUUAUACUUUUCUUCGGUACAAUCAAUCCCACAAAGCAGCCCCCCCUGCACCGCUAAAUGCUCUUACGUUACGGCCUCCUGUGGCACACACACACCCUCUCCCUCAAAAUGCUCUAACAAAAUACUGUAUAGGAGAUACCACAAGGAUAUAACUGUGUCUUAUUUAUGAACACCCCCUCCCCCCAAACAAUGUGGUUAAAUCUGGAGAGAAUUGCUGUUUGCUCCCACUGUGACACCUAGAAUAAUUGCCCAGCUCGUUGGAGGCGCUAAGUUUACAUUGCUCCCCCCCCCCCCCACAUUUAGUGUUGAAAGAAGAUUGCAAAGUAGUUUAUAAUAAAAUACAGUAUUAGAAAGCACAAA